AUGAAGGUCUUUUCCAACACCCACACCUUCAACUACUCCUGGGAAGAAGUAUCUACCGCCAACUGGCGGAAAUACUGCCCUUGGAACGACAAGUCAACUCAUGUCAUAGCCGUCGAUACACUCGCCCGAGAAGUCGAUCCAGCCACCGGCAUAUUACGAACAGAGCGUCUUAUUACCUGUAAGCAAUCAGCACCGGAAUGGCUGAAAUCGAUCAUCGGCUGCAUGGAGACGAGUCAGGUAUUCGAGACAUCCUAUGUUGACCCCGCCGCAAAGACUGUCACUAUGGUAUCGCAGAACAUCACUUGGGCAAAUAUGGUCAACGUUCAAGAGACGGUGGUUUAUCGCCCGCUAGAUGCCCAUAGGACACAAUUUGAGCAGGACGCCCGAAUAACGGCCCUGUGCGGUGGUUGGCAGAGGAUCAAGACUAGUAUCGAAGACAGCCUAGUUACCCGAUUUCGAGAAAACGCGACAAAGGGUAAAGAGGGUUUCGAGUGCGUCCUUGCCAUGAGCCGACGUGUCUUCGCUGAGGAGCGGGAAAAGGAGAGGCUACAAGUUGAAGGCAAGAUGAUGGCGUAG